UUCUCCAUCAACCCCUUGUGAAUGCCAACCAAUAAUGGCGUCCUGGAAAUUUCCCGGGUUCCUUCUCAUUCUCUUCGUCUUCUUGUCUGCAUCGUCGUCAAGCAUAUUCAUCAUAACCAACAACUGCCCCUACACCAUAUGGCCCGGCACCCUCGCUGGCUCCGGUUCACCCCAACUGACGACGACAGGAUUCCAAUUAAACUCCGGCCAGAGCGGGAAACUCACCGGCGUUCCAGGAUGGUCGGGUCGGAUAUGGGCAAGAACAGGUUGUAAUUUUGACGCUUCAGGUAUUGGGAAAUGCCAGACAGGUGAUUGUGGAGGAAGGCUUCAGUGUGACGGGAAUGGCGCGGCCCCACCGACGUCCCUGUUCGAGAUAACUCUGGGAGAAGGCAAUACACGAGACUACUACGAUGUAAGUAUGGUGGAUGGCUACAAUCUGCCAAUCCUUGCAGUGCCUCGAGGUGUGUACAGUGGAGGCGCUUGUAAUGCCACAGGUUGUGUAUCUGAUCUGAAUAGAGGAUGCCCUAAAGAGCUUCAAGUGGUUGGUGGAGAAGGAGGAUACCAAGGUGGUGUAGUUGGGUGCAAGAGUGCGUGCGAGGCCUUUGGGUUGGAUCAGUACUGUUGCAGUGGAGAGUAUGCGAACCCAACCACGUGCCAACCCAGUUACUAUUCCACCAUUUUCAAGAGGGCUUGCCCCAGAGCUUAUAGCUACGCUUUUGAUGAUGGCACCAGCACUUUCACUUGCAAAGCCUACGAAUACGACAUCGUUUUCUGUCCCAACGCCAACAGAGUGAAGAGGCCUAAUAAUUUUGUAUCUCCACCUCCGCCUUACCAGAUUUAUCAGCCAAAUGGAAAGGCUGUGAAGGAGGUGGCUUCCACCAGCUCCUCUAGUAUUCUCUCUCCUUUUUCUGUGCCUGUGGUCUUUUUCUUCAUAUUCAUCCUAAUUAACUUUCUCAACGCUAUUUCUUAAUCAGCGACUAAACUUCCUUUGAUCUGAGAAAAUAAUGGUACCAUCAGGAGGAUGGUCUUGGAAGGAUCCGGGGAGGGGGCUCCUAGCGAAGCCAAGUAUAUAUAUAUCCUGGAAGUCAAUCUUCCCGCCAGAUGUAUAUAAUGACCUUAUUCAAUGGCUUCAUCGUUGCUUCAGAACCAAAUUAAGGCUACAUGUCUUCAUGGCAAUUAAUUAGCCUUAGUCCCAGUUCAUACUUUAUAUCCUCUGUCCAAAUCAAGAUGCCGAGUUGUACAUUGUCCAAGAAAUUCUCAUCUGUGUAAAUAAGGAUCGAUCCUUCUGGGAAUAAAUUUGUAAUAAGUAAAGCUUCCCUUAAUUCGAGAUGAAUAAUGAUCGGCAGGAGGUUAAAGCUAAUGGGUUAAUUAUGGCUUUUCCUUCCCUUUGAUUUGAUUGCACAAGAUGCUCAUGCUGAUCGUUUUGGAGGGGAAAAUGGCUUUGGGCAUCUUGUUAACUCCCUCGUUUUCUUAAUCAUAUAAGUUUGCUUAUCCAUUUUCUUAAACUUUUCAAUUUUAACUUGUUACGUUUUUAAUGCUUUAUUUUGUGAACUUUUUUUAUUUGAAUUUAUAUUACAUGAUGUGAUAUGAUAUUGAUCCUCCUAU